GACCUUAUUAUUACUAUGUUCACUGUAACUACGCGUCACGUGAAGUGUAGAUCUUGACAUUUGUAUUAUACAUAUUAAAUAUUUUUUCUUUGAAAAAUGAGUUAUCGAUCUAAAAGUUGGGUAUGGCAAUACGGCAAACGCCAAUAUAAUAAAACUUUUUGUGAUGAUAAUUCAAACAAAGUGUUUAGUUGUGCUGGUAGAUCAAAUGUAGAAACGUUAAUAAAAUUGCUUAAGCCUCUACAAAUUAUGACCACUGUGUUUUGCGGGGAAAAAUAUUGUUCUAGUUCAAUGGUGAGGCCGCUUCCAAACGCAGUUAUAAAAAAGCAUUUAAAGCACAAUAUAAGUGAUGACGAAAUAGCUGAAUAUUUUAAAACCACUGUAAUAAGAGAACUUUCAGACUUUUUUAAAUUACUGUGGACUCCUUCUAGUGUCGUAUCUGCUAGACAAAUAGCGUCUUUUCUCGACGCAAGGUUCAAGGACUUGGAGCACGAAACAGUUGAUGCAAGAGAGGAAAUUCGAACACGGGUUAAAAAUUUGAUAAAAGAAAUGGCUGAAUUUAAUUGCAAUGUGCAAAUUAAAAUACCUGUAACUAAACAUCAUGGUGCUCUUGAAUUUCUGUUCAGUGAUGAAGUAAACUGUAAUAUAUCUGAUUCUGACAUUCAGUAUCAUAGGUAAAAACACGGGUACCCGUGUAGUUCAUUACACGUGUAAUCGCCACCUCUAAUAGAAAGUAUUAAUACCUUAAGGAUUACAUCGUGUGAAAAACACAAAAAAACAUUAACGGUUAUUAUUUUUUCCAACUAACAGCUUGCAAUUGCUAUUCAAGCAUUAAUUCACAUAAAUCACUGUUACUGUUAUUUUUUUAUCCCCCUCAAAGUUUUAUCAAUUUUAUUUUUUAAACUAAAACAUAAGAGUUUAACUAAAUAAAAUAGUCUAUGAAAAUGACUGGUCAAUAAAAACUUUAAAACCGUUAUUUAAAAAAAAUAAGUAUUUUUAUAUUAUUGUGGGAGGAGAAGAAUAGUUUAAAAAUACUUAAAGAUAAAAAUAAACAGUCCCUCGCUUUGUCUCCAUCCUUAAUUUUCAAUAUUAAUAUUGUUCAAAAC